AUAUACAUGUACAUGUGGGAAUGAUAUUUAGAAUUUUGGAAAAUUAUUUAUUUUAUUCAUAGGGUCCUAGAUAUGCCCACAGAAGACUUAGGAGUACCUGCUUAUAGGAAGUUUGACAUUGAAGCAUGGAUGCCUGGUUUAAAUAGAUAUGGAGAAGUUACCAGUGCUUCUAAUUGCACUGAUUAUCAAAGCCAAAGAUUAAAUAUAACUUAUAGAAUGAAAGAUGUUUCUGUAUCUAAAUAUAAAACAUGUCCUGAUUGGAAAUAUGUACACACAGUUAAUGGAACAGCUUGUGCUGUCCCUCGUACAUUAAUAGCAUUACUGGAAACACAUCAAAAGGAGAAUGGCUCUUAUUCAUUGCCUGAUGUAUUAGGCGUCAAACUCUAGAACAAAGAAUGAAUACUACACAGUUGCAUGCAUUUGUUUUUUUUACUCAAAAAUUCUUUGCACAUCUUACAUCUUUUACCAUGUUAAUAUGUAGUUGCCAAAA